AUGGCGUAUCUCCUGCUAUAUGUUGAUGACAUCAUGUUGACUGCAUCGUCCACAACACAGUUGCGGCGCUUCAUCGACUCCCUUAGCCAUGAGUUCUCCCUGAAGGACCUUGGCGAGCUACACCACUUCCUUGGUGUCUCAGUUCAGCCUGCUGGUGCUGGUCUUUUCCUCUCUCAACGUCAAUACACCGAGGAGAUUCUUGCUCGUGCAGGGAUGAGCAAUUGCAAGCCUUGCAGUACACCUGUCGACACCAACCACAAGCUUUCCACCACAGGGGCUCCCGUCGACAACGCCACUGACUACCGCAGCAUUGCCGGUGCUCUUCAAUACUUGAUGUUCACUCGUCCAGACAUCGAGUAUGCGGUUCAGCAGGCAUGCCUACACAUGCAUGACCCUCGUGAACCCCAUGCCAACCUCUUGAAGCGGAUUCUUUGCUACCUCAAGGGCACUCUCGACCAUGGUUUGCAGCUCCAUCGCACCUCCCCGGCAUCCCUCACUGCAUAUACAGAUGCUGAUUGGGCUGGCUGCCCGACACUCGCAAUCACCCACAUCCGCUCCGUGCGCGCCUGGGCGCAGCAGGGCACGGCCGCGUUGGCCGCCUCCGUGGCCACGGGGCUGGCGCACGUAGACGCGCUCCAUGCCGCGCUCGGCGACCUGCUCGACCUGCCCGAGGCCCAGGCCGCGCUCUCCGGCGCCGGCGGCAGCGUCGACCGCCUCCUGGACUCCUUCCUCCGCCUCGCCGACGCGCACGGCUGCUUCCAGGAGGCCGUGGUGCCGCUCAAGCAGGACGUCGCCGAGGCUCUGGCGGCCGUGCGCCGUCGCGACGGGGCACGCCUGGCUUCGGCAGUGCGGUCGCAGCGCAGGGCCGGGAAGGAGCUCGCGCGCCUGGCCGCCACGGCCAGCGAGUGCGCCGUCGGGCCCUCGCGCCUGAGCAUCCUCGGCGGCGGUCAUGGCAGCUCGGCGGAGGUGGAGGUGACGGGGCUGCUGAUGGAGUCGGCCGCGGCCACGGCGUCGGCUUCGGCCGCGCUGUUCGGGGCCGUGGCGGCCAUGUUGGGGUCCGUGGCGGCGGAGUCGUGCUCGUGCAAAGGGACGGCGGCGCUGGCGUGCCUGGUGACGAAGAACAACAAGAAGGCGCCGGCGCCGGGGUCGGGGUCGGAGGAGAUAGCCGUGGCGGAAAGGCUGGAGGAGCUGGAGGAGUUCAUCGAGGAGAUGGAGGCCGGGAGCGAGAAGGUGUUCCGGAGCCUCGUGCAGACCAGGGUCGCGCUCCUCAACAUCCACACGCUCCACAUCUUCUAG